AUGGGCGACUGGAGCCUCCUGGGGAACCUCCUGGAGGAGGUGAACGAGCAUUCGACGGUGGUGGGUCGGGUGUGGCUCAGCGUGCUCUUCGUCUUCCGCAUCCUCAUCCUGGGCACAGCGGCGGAGCUGGUGUGGGGCGACGAGCAGACCGACUUUGUGUGCAACACACAGCAGCCAGGCUGUGAGAACGUGUGCUAUGACGCCGCCUUCCCCAUCUCCCAUGUGCGCCUGUGGGUCCUGCAGAUCAUCUUCGUGUCAGCGCCAUCGCUGGUGCUCGUGGGCCACGCGCUGCACCUGCUGCGGGCCCAGCAGAAGCGCCAGGACCAGAGCGGUAGUGGUACCCCGAAGCUGCGGCUGGAAGGGUCCCUGCUGAGGACCUACAUCUGCCACGUCAUCUUUAAGACCCUCUUUGAGGUGGCUUUCGUGGUGGGCCACUAUCUGCUCUACGGCUUCCGAGUCCUGCCCCUCUAUCGUUGCAGCCGGUGGCCCUGUCCCAACAUGGUGGACUGCUUCGUGUCCCGGCCCACGGAGAAAACCAUCUUCAUUCUCUUCAUGCUGUCAGUGGCCUCUGUGUCCCUCCUCCUCAAUGUCACAGAGUUGGGCCACCUAGGACUGAAGAGGGUCUGGGGCACCUUUGAGAGGCGGGAGUCACAGCCCCCUGAGAGGCUCUCUGAGAAGUCCCCAAACUCCAUGGCCAUCUCCUCUGUCCAAAAAGCCAAAGGUUACCAGGUCCUGGAAGAGAAAUUUGUGUCCCACUACUUCCCCCUGACUGAGGUGGGGACAGUAGAAACCAGCCCACUUCCAACCAGGUCUUGCACUCAGAUGGAGGACCAGGUAGGCCCAGGUACCCUGAAGGACUUGUCCCAGACUUGCCAGCAGGAGACACUGCUGUUACAGGACAGGGAGUGGCCAUCAGAGCAGCAGACAGAGGCUCAGGGGGUUGGGGCAGCAGAGGUUGUGACUCCAGGAGCUGGGAAGGAGUGUGAGGAAGAGCUGCAGGCCAAGAAGCUGCCUCCACUAUAUUCUGAGCUGAGCCAAGAGGCCUGGGAGUCCCUGAACAGGCCAAGCACUGCCGGCAGGGCCAGACCAGAUGACCUCACAGUGUAA